CAGUCUCUCACUCUCUGUCUAUUUCUUGUUUCUUUCGUAUUUCAUUUUAUCUUCUUCCUUUAUUUUGUUCGGUUCUUUUCUUUCAAUUCUUGUUUUCAUUCAUUAUCAUCUUCAUCAUCAUCCCCCUCAUCAACCAGUCUUCAAAUGUUUUAACAUCGGUUUUACUUUAACAGUAUCAAGCAUGUCUACAGCUAAAGAACGGUUAACAGCAAUUUCGGGCCAUGUUAACUGUAAUAGUAAAUCCUAUGGAUCAUCAUCACAGACCAGUCCUGAAUUAGAGUCACCACAACCUUUAAUCAAGUCGCCGUCUUCCUCAUCCUCUUCAUUAUCAUCACAUUCAAUCGCCACUAAUAACUCCAUCCAGUUAGAAAAGUCGAAACCAAUACCAGGAAAAGAUACCAAUGAAAACGGUUCAUUGCCCUACAAGAGACAUAAAUUACUCAAGUGGAAUGGCUGGGGCUACAAGGACUCUGGAUUCACAGUUGAUCCAAAUUGUCAUGAUAUUACCUUUACUGGGGAUCGUUAUAAAAUCGGUAACAGGAAGCUUCCAUUGUUCAAGAAAUGGGUUGAGUCAACAUUGUCUGUUGAUCUUAGCAAUAAAUUGACAAGCCAGUGUCAACCUGAUAUAGAAAAUAUUGCCAAACCCAUAAUUAACGAAUCUUUCAUGAAAGAUGUUAAAUUCAUUAAUAUAAAGACUUCUUUUGAUCCGGAGGAUCGUUUAUUCCGUUCCCAUGGACAUUGUCUCCAUGAAAUUUUCAAACUUCGAGAAAAAGGGACCUUAGAAAGAAUACCAGAUCUAGUUGUUUGGCCUAGAAAUCACGAUGAUGUUGUUAAACUGGUUCGUGUAGCCGAUAAAAAUGAUGUUGUCAUUAUACCCUAUGGAGGAGGAACUAGUGUCUCUGGUGCUUUGGAGUGUCCGAUUAACGAGAAGAGAAUGAUCGUCUCUUUAGAUACGUCUAAAAUGAAUAAGAUUCUUUGGAUUGAUCAUAUUAAUUUAACUGCUCAUGCUGAAGCUGGAAUUAUUGGUCAAGAUUUGGAAGCACAAUUGGCAAAAUAUAAUUUAUGUACCGGUCAUGAGCCUGAUUCAUUUGAGUUCAGUUCUCUUGGAGGUUGGGUGGCUACUCGAGCUUCUGGUAUGAAGAAAAAUGUUUAUGGAAACAUUGAAGAUUUACUUAUCCAUGUUAGGAUGGUUUCUUCUAUUGGAACUAUAGAGAAAAACUGUAAUGUACCAAGAAUCUCAUCUGGACCUGACAUUCAUCACAUUAUAUUGGGCUCAGAGGGUACUUUAGGAGUCAUUACAGAAGUAACUCUUAAGGUGAGACCUUUGCCUGAAUGUAAAAGGUACAAUUCAAUUGUGUUUCCAUGUUUUGAAGAUGGCUAUAAAUUCAUGAGAGAAGUUGCCCGACAACGGCUAAAGCCUGCUUCUGUUCGUUUAAUGGACAAUCAACAAUUUAUUUUUGGUCAAGCAUUGAAACCUGAAGCAGAUUCAAUAUGGAUUUCAAUGAAAAAUUUUUUCAAAAAAUUGUACAUAACCAAACUGAAAGGCUUUCGAGUCGAUGAAAUGUGCGUGGCUACCAUUUUAAUGGAGGGUACUAUCGAGGAGGUUGAAACUCUGGAGAAUAAAUUAUUAGAUAUAUCAGCAUCAAAUAAUGGCCUGGCUGCUGGCGAAGAAAAUGGUAAAACUGGUUACAUGUUAACCUUUGUUAUUGCAUACAUCAGGGAUAUCGGCCUUGAUUAUGGUGUUGUUGCCGAGUCUUUUGAAACAUCCGUUCCUUGGGAUAGAUGUCUAGAUGUUUGUAACAAUGUAAAAGAUUGUAUUACUCGUCAAGUGAAAAAGUAUGGAAUCAAAAAGCCCGCUUUAAUUACUUGUCGUAUCACUCAAACAUAUGAUUGUGGAGCAUGUGUUUAUUUUUAUUUUGCCUUCAACUAUCUGGAAGGUGUAACUGGAGAUCCUGUUGACAUUUAUCAUGCCAUUGAGAAUGCAGCCCGAGAUGAGAUUAUCGCUUGUGGUGGAAGUAUUUCACAUCACCAUGGAGUGGGAAAGGUCCGUAAAAAGUGGCUACGUGAGACAGUUUCCGAUACAGGUUUAGGAGUGAUGAAAGCAAUCAAAAAUUAUGUGGAUCCAAAUAAUGUUUUUGCCAAUGGAAACCUGAUGAGCUGAAUUGUGCCUCUAUAAACUAAUACUUUAAUCUUUUGACUUUUUUGUUUGUAUUUGAUAGUAUGAACCAUAAUUUCUUAAUUACACCUAGACUUGUCGUAACAUUGUGACCAAGAAAAUAUAUAAUAUAAAAGCGAAAUUAUUCAUGAA